AUGUGGCAGCAGCUCACAGAAGGUAACAACCAGAAAUAUCUACCGAAGGGCGCCACCAGCGUUCGAAAGAUCGAGCUGAAAACCGGUGCGCAAGAGAUCAGUUCACGACUGACAUCCGAAGUGACAAGUUGCCCGGAACACAAGCAUGAUGUUGAUGUUUCACUCGGUCCUGAUCAGGCGAACAUCAGGGCGAUACAUGAUAAGAAGAUGGAAGCGAUGAGGGAAAAUGCUGUCCACGAAAAAAUUGUGCAGAUUUGUAGUUCUGUCCUCGAGAAUUUUAAACCACGUCCCUUAAAUGCAAAGCAAUCGAGUGGAUGCGCUCGGGUCAAGGGUAACAGGUCUUACAAACGUUAUGGAAAGCUGUCAAAGAAACUUAAUCGAAAACUUAGGUCCGUUCUUGCUGUGUCUCAUAAACUAAGGGAUGAGUUAGAGAAAACCAAGGAAGAUCUCAGGAAAAAAAUAAUACAGCACGACCUCUUAAGCCAGCGUUUUACCAUACUCAAGCAACAAUUGGAAAUAACUGAACUCAAUUUGAAAGAUCUAAAUGAUAAAAACUCUUUGUUGCGCAAAAAAUUUGAAGACACCAGGGAAUGGAUGGAGAUAAAAAUUGGGAAAGACCGUCACCAAAGGAACAAUUUCAUGGAACUCAAAAAUGUACCGAAAAGCAGAGUCAUCAUCAACUUGAAAAAUAAGACCGAUGAAGACUCCGCUACGAAACCUCAACUUGGAAGCAAAUUAUCACGCUCUGAGUCAACUAACACUCAUGAAGGAUCUUCACUGAACACUUAUAAAGCCCAAGUUGCAGAUUUAGUGAAAGAAAAAGAGCAAGCUAUAUCUAAAAAUAAAGAACUUGAGAUUGACCUGACUCAGCUAAGGAAUGCUAACGCUCAUUUGAAAGCUAAGGGGCUUCUAAAACAAUUGAAUAAUCACGAAGAAGACUUGGAAGUUCCUGCUCAGUUUGAUGAUGACGAGGCCAGUCGUAGUGAGGCCCAUAAGACUGCGUGUUCAAUUUUAAAAAUGACGCCUGAAGAAUUAUCUGGAUUCAUGAAAGGUCGACCUGUCAAAAAGAUCAACACCUGGCUCGCAGAAUUUAACAAAAUAACGUCGAAAGGUGAGUUUUCAGAAGAUUUGGCCGAGUAUUUAUUUGAAGAAGUUUUCGGUAGUGCAUGAUCGAUACAUAGAUAUAAAAUAACAAAUU